AUGUUACCCCUUCGAAACUUCCUGGCUUCAUUCUCGACCAACUCUGCAGCUAAGAUGGCACCCAAGACUCCACCCAACCCCACUGUACCGACUGCGAUCAAAGGUAGAGAAGGGUUGAAGUUAGGUGAAGGAGUCGAACAUGCUACGUUCGCUUCAGGAUGUUUUUGGGGAACCGAACACCUCUUCUCAAAACAUUUUGGUCACUUACCUCAAUUCAAAGCUAUCUCUGGAUACACAGGUGGUCAAGCUGAGAACCCAUCCUACCGACAAGUAUGUUCCGGCACGACAGGCCAUGCAGAAGCAGUGCAACUCUCUUACCAAGCUGGAUCAGUCUCGUAUGCCGAAUUGGUAGAGUUCUUUUACAGGACACAUGAUCCUACGACCGUCGAUAGACAGGGUCCAGAUAGAGGUAGUCAAUAUAGGAGUGCGAUCUUCUAUCAUUCGCCUGAACAGGAGGAGUUGGCUAGGAAAGUUACACAGGAAGUACAAGAGAAAUACCUCAAAGGAAAACCAAUAGUCACUCAGAUUGUAAAAGCAGGUAAAUGGUAUCCUGCAGAAGAUUAUCACCAAGAAUAUCUCGAUAACAAUCCAGGUGGAUACGAAUGUCCUACUCAUAGAUUUUACUGGUAA